AUAAAAUAAAAUAAAAUAAAAUAAAUAAAUAAAAAAGUCCUUGAACUAUCCCACCAACCUGACCCAAAAUCCCCUUAUCUUUUCCUAUCAACACCCCUUCUCUCUCUCCCCUAUUUUUAUUUUAUUUUAUAUUUUAUAUAUUUUUUUAUUUUGGAUGCAAUUAAUAUAGUCUCUCUCUCAAUAUAGUUGGCCUUGUCUAUAUAAAUAUCACCUCUUCAACUCUCUUUUCUCUAGUUUAUAAACUUUGUCAAUAGAUAAAAAAAUAAUUCAAAAAAAAAAAAAAAAAAAUCUUCAUAGAAAAGCCAAUUUUUCGCCAUCUAGCAACUUCUUGUUCAAUCAAAGAUAUCAUCAUCAUCAUUCAAGGAAAAAUAAUACAAUUUGAAAAGUGAGUUUGUUAAUGCCGUUGUUGAUAAGAAAGAAGAUCAGAAGAACAUACAAGCUGAUAUUUUCAUCAUUCAUCCAAAUCAUCAAAGUUGCAAACUUUAUAUCUUAGAAAUCAAAAUCCAAUGGAUGGUUGUACAAGUAUGGCUCAAUGGAGCAACAUUUACCAUCAACAAGGCGGUAUCGAGACAUCGAGAUCGAUUUCAUCUUUGAUCUUAGAUCCAAUCCAUGAAGAGCUUCAUCAAGAAGAGAAUGGUCAAGGAAUAUUAAUCCCAUGGAAUAAUGAAGGUGCACCGAGAAAUAAUCAGAUGUGCUCUUCUCUUCCUAUGAUUAUUAGUCCGUUUUCGAACAACAUCAUUCAUCAAUCUCAACCAUUCGAUAAAUCGACUAAUAAGGGUACUGCAUCGGCUAACAAUUCCUUUGAUCAACAAUCAUUUGAGUGUUUAUUAUCAGGUACUAAUAGUAAUACUGAUACUUCAGUUGAAGAUGAUGGUAUUUCUAUGAUUUUUUCGGAUUGUCGGAAUUUCUUCAAUUAUAAUUCCAACAAUGGUAACAAUCAUAAUGAUAAUGAGCCUAAGAAGAGGGGUAAUAUUGAACAAGAUUUCCAAGGUGAUCAUCAAGAGUUUCCUCCAUUUAGUAUCACCCAGGAAAAUUCUUGUUCGCCAAGUUUGCGGCCCAGUAAGAGACAGAAGAACAACAACAACAACAACAAUGUUGAGAAGUAUGGGUCAGGCCGGCACAAGGGCUCAUCGAAUAUAAGCUUCCAACAAGGAAGUUCAUCGGGUUCCUCAAUUGAGGAACCCGAUGCAGAAGCAAUUCAACAAAUGAAAGAGAUGAUAUACAGGGCGGCCGCCUUCAGGCCGGUGAAUUUUGGGGUGGAUUUGGUGGAGAGGCCUAAGAGGAAGAAUGUAAGGAUAUCAAGUGAUCCACAAACCGUCGCGGCGAGGCAAAGGAGGGAGAGGAUUAGUGAGAGGCUGAGAGUUUUGCAAAAGCUUGUGCCUGGUGGUAGUAAGAUGGAUACUGCCUCAAUGCUUGAUGAAGCUGCUAAUUAUCUCAAGUUUCUUAGGAACCAAGUCAAAGCCUUAGAAACUUUAGGUAAUAAUAAUAAUAGUAAUAGUAGUAAUAAUAAGGUUGAUAAUCAUUAUCAUUAUUCUCCUAAUACUUCAACUAAUCAUCUUUUCCCUUCAAUUAACCUACAAUUUUCAUCCAUGCCAUUUCCCAUGCAAUUACCCACAAAUAAUUCUACUAUUUUUAACCCUCAAUUUUCACUACAAAACCCUAAUCAUCUUCAUGUACUUCCCAAAAGUUGAUGUACUUUUAAUUAUUGGAAACCCCAAGAAAAGAAAAAAGAAUUCAAGGGAAAUGACCAAUUUAACCCUACCUACAUCAUAUCCCCAUAAUUUCAUGAUUAUUGUCAUCAUUGAUAUCAUAGUCAUCAUCAUUGCUCCCUCUGUUACAUCUCAGUGAUAAGGAGGAAAUCAACAUCAAAAACAGGUGAACAUUUUUGUAAUUUUACCUACAAUGUUUUGGGGGUAUUUUAGUAAUUUGUAGUGGUGGGAUGAAAUUAUUUUUUUUAAUUAUUAGUCAAGUUAUUAAAGUAGUGACCUUUUUCAAUUGAUCUGUGAAAAGUUUAAGUAAUUAUAGCACAUAUGAUUAUGAAAAAGGGGAGGUCAGAAAAGUGAUUAUGCCCCUUUAUGUAAUCUUUUUACCAAUUAUAUGAGCAUUUUCUAGUGUACUUGAAAAGGUUCACUUUCUUGUUCUUGCUA